GGAAGUAACAACAUAUGAGAAUAGAAACGCAUCGAUCAUGGGCGAAAUAACUAUACGUGAACUCGAUCCGGUGCUUCGAGAAUUGGCGCGCACAAAUUGUAAUGAAAAUCCAGACACAGUCGUUGAACAAAUCGAAGUGAUACAAGAAUGGAUUAGAAAGUCUCCACAUCUGAAAGCAUCUAAUAACCCACAACUGAUUUUGGCUUUCCUGCGUCGGUGUAAAUUCAGUCUCGAGGAGACAAAAAAACGUAUUGACAAUUAUUAUGCCAUGAAGAAUGAAUAUCAUGAUGUUUUGUGUGAACGUGAAUUGAGUGAUGAGUUAAUUGAGUUCUAUCGAACAGGCAUACACGUUAUUCCCAACAAACCGAUCGCAAACGAUGGGCCUGCUGUAAUGAUCUCACAGUACUGUAAAAUCGAUUCGAAGAAAUCGAACCCACGCUUAGCAUUCAAAUUGCUUUUUAUUCUGUUCGAGACUCUGGCUAUGGAAAGCGACAAUGCCAGUAUAGUGGGUCUAACAUAUAUAAUAGACUGCCGGGACGUUGGUCUCCAUCUUAUGACGCAAUUUGAACCGUUUCUGCUGAAGAGAGGCUACAUAGUGGCGGAGAACUGUAUGCCCUUGAAGCUGAAAGAAGUCCAUGUCAUAAAUAUGAGACGCGAAGGAGUAUCAGUUUUCAAUUUCAUAUCAUCAUUCAUGCCCAAUACAAUGCGUUUCAAGUUUGUGGCGCACAAAAAGGCAGAGGAUUUGCUCGAAUGCAUCCCACGUGAUGCUGUUACCGUCGAAUAUGGCGGAAACAAUGGCUACCUAACGGAGGCUAUCAAAUCGUUUGAGACAAAGUUAUUGUUAUAUAGGGAGCAUUUCAAAAACGACGGAAACUUUGGCACAAAUGAAAAACUGCGAAUCGGACGUAAGAGGGAAUGGGAGCUGGUCGAAUUGAGCGGUGCUAUUGGGUCCUUCCGGAAAUUAGAAGUGGAUUAACAAGUUGUGAAAAUUAAAAAUGAAAUUGUUGUUGUUUAUAUAUUUAUACAGAAUUUAUUAGCUAAAAAUUGUACAACUUAAAAAUAAUGUGUU